AUGGAAAGAAUUCUUUUGGAUUAUUGGAAAACUAAGCAACAUUCCAAAUAACAAUUAUAAUAUAUGAGAUAUAGAGAUAGAGGACUUCAAAUCAAAAAGGAUUGUGUAUUGUAUUAAUAUAAAAUUGAAUUAGUUUUCAAUUAUUUAAAUAUUCUGUAAGCGAACUCAUAAAUUAUUUAAGAGUUCAGUCAAUCAAAAUUCUUUAAAAUUUGGUUAUCUUGAAAAUGAGGAGAAUCUUUUUGAUUUUGUUUACAGAUUCAAGUGUGAUUUUAUAUUUCUAAGUAAACAGUAGAUCUGCGAGAAAUUAAUUGAUAGUCGAUUUAAUUUUAAAUAUAAUUAAGACUUCAUUUUUCUUAUUUAAGAUCUAAAGACUAGUUGGAUUAUAAUGUACUGUCUGUUUCAAGUGAAAUCAUCACAGGUUCUAAUUAAUACUUUAGAGUAACAGAAAUCUCGAAAAUAUCUUUAAACCAGGGUGAGGUAUUAUUUUUAAUAAAUUAGAGAAUUUAUAAGGACUUUUGGUAUAAAUGAUUUGAAAAAAGAGAGCAAAUAAAAAUGA